AGGGAGGGUUAUAACAGGCAGCAAAUAAUGGUGUCCCGCCAGCCAGCAGCGCUGGCGGCUCAACCAAAACCACCAGCCUUUAGUUGCCCGAUUUGUAUGGGGCAGUUUGUGGAAGAGACGUCGACCAAGUGUGGACACAUUUUCUGUAAGAAAUGUAUCGUCGCCGCAAUAGCUGUCCAGGGGAAGUGCCCUACCUGUAGAUACCAUCCACUCAAAGAAAAAGACACUUUCAGGAUUUACCUUCCUACAUCAUAUUAACAUCAUAAGAUUCCAAAGUGUUGUUGCAGGGUCUAACUUUUCUAAUUUUUUGAUGACUUGGGAUUCUCUUUGAUCUUCAUAUCCCUCUCUUUGGAGCAAGAAAGACAUGGGGGUAGGUUUUUGUUUCUAUUGAUAAGAUGAAUAAUUAUGUUUUUUUAUGGGUGACCAUUUUUGUCAAACCCAAAGACAAAGUGAAGCAAUUUUUUUGUUUUUUUGAGAAGUGAAUUUUAGUGUUGUUUUUUGAGUUCCAUUGUGUUAUUAUCUGUCUUUCU